AUGUCCUUCGAGAGUGCAUGCAACAUCGUCAUCACCGGAGGGACAUUUCUAUUUUGCUCAAACAUCACACCUGGAGCACUUCACAACUCCGCUGAACGGUUUGAUCCUCCAAAGUGCCACGCAAACACACGCACAGCAAUCCUUGACGACAUCAUAACAUGGUUAAAAGACAAGAACGCCUGGGCACAAAUCAUGUGGCUGUAUGGUUCUGCGGGAGUAGGAAAAUCGGCGAUAGCGCAAACGCUCUCAGAGUUGUGUUGGAAAUCGGGCAGUUUGGUGGCCAGCUUCUUCUUUUCACGAGGUGUACAGAACCGGCACUCCGAGACCCCGUUUAUAGCUACACUUGCGUACCAACUUAUGAAGUCAUUCCCUGAAGCUCGAGAGAUUGUAUUGGACGCAGUGGCCAAUGAUCCCUCCAUAUUCUCAUUAUCGCUGGAUAUUCAGAUGCAGCUAUUGAUCAUCAACCCCAUUAAUUCCGCGGCACUCGACGAGGUCACAGGUGCAGCAUGGAGAUCAAGAGCUCCAUAUCUAAUCGUCGUCGAUGGUUUGGAUGAAUGUGACUCGUCGGAGGAGCAUAGGCAUAUACUCAACCUGCUUUUCUCCCUAAUCACCCAGCUCACGAUACCAAUCUCGGUAUUUGUCUCCUGUCGACCUGAACAAGUCAUUCGGGAAGUGUUCAAUGACGAACCUUUGUCUUCAUUUACCAAACGCAUCAAUCUGGACAAUUUCACCGACGAUACAGAUAUUGAUAUCAGAUCAUUUCUUCAGUCAGAAUUCCAGAAAAUCAAAAUCAAUCAUCCUGCUGGAAGUAGCAUCCCAUCACAGUGGCCGUCUAAAGAGGAAAUGAGCGCGCUCAUGAUGCACGCACGAGGCCAUUUCAUCUAUGCAUCCACAGUCAUGAAAUAUGUUGGAUCACGCCGGCAUUCACCCACCAUGAGACUGUCGUAUAUCCUGGAACAAACAGUCCCCUCUUCGGAUGCCCCAUUUGCCGCAUUGGACGCUCUUUACCGUCAUAUCUUACUAGGAGUCGAUAACCUUGAAAAUGUGUUCAAGAUCUUGGUCGUAUUAUUUUUGGUAAACCACACCCUCGUAUCCCCGACAGCAGCGGGGAUUGAAAUUUUUUACUCUCUCCAGCCAGGGAUGGUGGACAUUGCUCUCUGCGACUUGCAUUCGGUCAUUUAUGUCUCCAAGGAUCGAAACGAGCCACUGCGAAUAUAUCAUGCUUCGUUCUCGGACUUUCUUUUUGACGAGGCACGCUCUGGGUUAUUCUUCUUUGACCCAGCAGCUGCUCGAGCAACAUUGGCAAGUGCGACUCUUCAUAUUCCAAUAAACAGUACGUUUUAG